CAGCACUCAGUACUCAAGCGGACGCUGCACGUGUGUCGGUCCACAGACGGUCUCCGGUGGUGCUGGGAGCAGCAGCAGAACUAGAACCAGAACUCUGAACAGCAGCCAGACAGCCAUCACCAUGAAGCCAGGUUUCAGUCCUCGCGGGGACCGAGGAGGGCGCGGCGGGGGCUUCGGCGGAGGCCGGGGAGGAGGAUUUGGUGGAGGCCGCGGUGGAGGAGGAGGAUUCGGGGGCCGAGGAGGAGGAUUCGGGGACAGAGGCCGGGGAGGCUUCAGAGGAGGAAGAGGAGGGUUCAGUUCCCCAGACGGUGGAGGAUUCCGUGGACGAGGAGGUGGAAGAGGCACCCCCAGAGGGAGGGGGGGCCGAGGAGGCUUCGGAGGAGGAGGCCGGGGGGGCCGGGGAGGCUUCGGAGCAGGGAGGAAGGUCAUGAUUGAACCACACAGGCAUGAAGGCGUGUUCAUCUGCCGAGGGAAGGAGGACGCGCUGGUGACCAAGAACAUGGUGGUGGGGGAGUCCGUGUACGGGGAGAAGAGGAUGAACGUGGAGGAGGGGGAGACCAAAAUCGAGUACCGGGCCUGGAAUCCGUUCCGCUCCAAGCUGGCAGCCGCCAUCCUGGGAGGCAUCGACCAGAUCCACAUCAAGCCCGGGGCCAAGGUCAUGUACCUGGGAGCCGCCUCCGGCACCACCGUGUCCCACGUCUCCGACAUCGUCGGCCCGGACGGGCUGGUCUACGCCGUGGAGUUCUCCCACCGGUCAGGCCGAGACCUUCUCAACGUGGCCAAGAAACGCACCAACAUCAUCCCCAUCAUCGAGGACGCCCGGCACCCGCACAAGUACCGCAUGCUGGUCGGCAUGGUGGACGUCAUCUUCGCCGACGUGGCCCAGCCCGACCAGACCAGGAUCGUCGCUCUGAACGCUCACAACUUCCUGAAGAACGGCGGACAUUUUGUCAUCUCCAUAAAGGCCAACUGCAUCGACUCGACGGCGGCGCCGGAGGCCGUCUUUGCUUCGGAGGUGAAGAAGAUGAGCUCUGAGAACAUGAAGCCCCAGGAGCAGCUGACCCUGGAGCCGUACGAGAGGGACCACGCCGUGGUGGUGGGCAUCUACAGACCUCCACCCAAACAGAAGAAAUGAGGCGUGGACCGGAGAUCAACGUUUCAUCCACCACCUUCUCCUGGAGCUCCGCUGUACAUGUCGCCCUCGCCACCAACCCUCCUGCAGGACGUGAAGCCACACCCCACUUCUACGUCCUCAUAGUUGAAGGAUCUCCCCCGCUCCUCCGUCAGGCCGGAGCUCACCAGUCCUGCUCCUCUAGACGGCUGCUCAGAACUUGUCCCGGAGCUGCGGCCGUCUUCCCAACGAGUCAGGUUUCACGCCGUUCAGCAGGAAGUUACGCUUUCAGCUCCAAACUUUAUUUGCCACAUGGAGACUCUGGGGGUGUGUCUGGGAGAGGCAGAGCUGUUUUGUUUUCAUAAUCUACCCCAUAUAAUUUAGUAUCAAGAUGUUUAUCUCUGACCCGUUUGUUCAGCUCAUGUUUCUUCUGCUUGUUUUCUUUUGUCUUUUGAGUAAAAAAAAGGUUGUUUUUAAAUAAAAGCUUUGUUUUUUUUUGA